AUGAAUGAAACCGGAGAGACACCUGCCUUGCUCAAAGAGCUGCACUGUGACCUCAGGCGGAAAUAUCAACUUCAUGGAUCGCGAAUUGAACAGAUAUGGCUCUCCUUGGACCAGAGCCAACGAGACAAAGCUGUGAAGGCUGGCGCUGCCGGAGGUCAUGUGUUGGCAGACCCGACAGAUCGAACCAUGGGCAAUGUGUAUAAAGUCACACCGGAGUGGAAUCUACGAGACCUCACGCAGCCGGAGUCGGACUAUCUCCUCAAUCAUUUAAAGCAUCGCGCGACCAAAUCUCUCUCAGAUCAGUAUCGUGAGGGAGUCCACGGCUCACUAGGCGAUCAUGCAUUCAUUCUGGAGAGCAUGCGUGUCAAUCAUCUGCGCCAUACGGACCCCUUCCGACACUGUUUCACGUUGUUCAUCGAUGAAGAUAAAUAUGGACAGUCCUUCAAAGUUGCAGACUCGGCCAAGUAUAGAGAAGUGAUGGCUGGGCUAUCAACAGCCGUGAACGCUGGGCUCUGCGUCCCCCAGUCGACGGGCGAGCUCAUUUUGCAGAGACAAAUGUAUCUGUUGCAGGCGCUGAAUAUCCUGGUCGAGGACAUACUCGAAAAGGGGUCGACAUCGAGGCAGAAGACAACGACCCGACCCAAGAAGCCUGAGGAAGCGGCACGCGCGGCUCUGUCCACGCUGUCGAUUGAUCCCAAACCCGAAAAGAUUUCCUUGGAAGGCCUGCUGGCUCGGGCGCUCGACCAAAAGACUGCUCUCGAGGACUACGUGACGUUGUGUCGCACCGAGCCUGUUUUUCUUGCUCACGUCGUGAAUGGCUGGUUCUUCACCCGACCGGAGCUGGUUCCGGACGAGAAAGGCCGGAGGAUACCUCUCGUCACAGACAAAUACAUCAGCAUCGCCAUCUUUGAAGUGAUUCACAAUGCGGUCAUUGGAGCGGCAAUCUGGGGUUAUGUGUAUCGUCUUCUCCAGGCCCUUGCUACCGAAUCGAAUGAUCGGCUAUGCCAGGGCAUUAUUCUCCAGGAGAUGGCAAAUGUCUGUCAUUUCGAGCACCGACGGGUCCAGAAGCUGUUCAAGCGCUAUGUGCAAAUGGGCUCGGGUUCCAAGUAUUUCAAACGGGUUUCCGGCGUUUAUGACGAAGGCACUGCGCGUGUGACGAUGAAAAUUAAGCCGGAUGUCCUGACGAGAGAGAAUCCCCAGCUUCAUUAUGUGCUCCGCCUCUGCCAAACCCAGAUGGGUGUCACCUGGGCGGUCGAGUGGAUUAAGAAGCUAGAUGAUCUCCAUCAAUCUCAACCCACGGAGCGAGAGCAUAUGGGAGAAAGAGAACUUGACGCCUUCGGCGACCUCGCGGUUACGACCAGUUUUGUCCAGUCUCUGUCGAUCUCUCUUCCAUUACCUCCCAUCAACCCCAGAAAGGGACAAACAUAUGUCUCAAGAUUGAAGUCCUUGGGAACCGAGAUCGACCCCCUGAAGACAGAGGUCAACCUGGCAGAAUUUGCGGUUCCGAUUGAUAAUCUCCUCGAACCCGGUAUGGCUGAUGGCGCUUUGAUCGCCUUGGACCGAUUUAUCGUCGACAGGACCGGCACCGAACUGGGAUUCCUCUAUCAAGACCUCAACGAAGACUGUCUGUCGAAUAUCCAGAAUCAGUGUCGGGAGCAAAAGGCCAAGAUCGCGGCAGCAGAGACAAUGAAGGAUUUUCAUUUGCCAAUAACCGAUAUCCCCAGCCCCGCAGAACGGGUUGAACAGCGAAGGCAAAAGCAUAAAACCCGACCAGCACAUUCAUCCAUAUACAGCAUAUCUCCAGCCGCAGCAACCACUGCAGAACCAGAAAAUACAGAGAUAUCACCAAUCCUUAAAGUAAAGCCGGACACAUUCAAGGUCUUCUCAACACUGUUCUCAAGAUCGCAGUCUCGAGGAUCGAUCAGCUGGGCAGCAUUCGAAGCAGCCAUGACCGACUUAAAAUUUUCUGUUACCCCAAAGCUGGGGUCGGUCUAUACAUUCUCCCCUCCUCAGGAUUUCUCUGUCCCUCGACCACUUACUCUGCACCGGCCGCACCAGUCACAAAUCGAAGGCUUCCGGCUCCUCUACAUUGCCAAGCGCUUAAAGCGAGCCUUUGGGUGGGGAGAGGAAUUGUUCGAGGUUGCUUGA